AUGGAGCUCGGAUUCCGCUCGACUUCGUCGGAAGAGAUUGACGACGAUUCUGAGCGGACAGUUGAACGGGCUGUUGCUGAGCCCGAGUCAGGGAAUGAUGGUGAAGAACGGGCAGAUGAACGGGCGAAUGAAACGGAUGAGACCCCGACAGCCGAACCAACGGCAGAAGUUGGUGCUGAAGCAAUGACGCCGAGGUCGACGGAUCAAGAAGAGAAGCAUCAUGGUCAAGACGCGAAUCACGAUCGCUCCGCUGCUUAUGUCGCGGAUGAGUCUCAGGAGGGAGUGGAAGCGGCCGUGCUGCGGGAAGGUGGUGAGGGAGGAAGAAGGGGAUUCGAAUCAGGGACAGGCGACGUUGAGAAGGUUUGGCAGGCUUCGAACGGCGCGGAGGAGGCGGAUGAAGGUGGAGAAAACAAUCAGGGGCGGGACCAAGAAAGGGGAAAGGAGAACCUUGGGAGCGUCUACGCGAAUGGGGAAAAGGAACGUGGCACCAAGGUGACGUCCUCGACAGAGAAAGCAUCACCUCUGCGUGGCCACGCAGAGAGCGGCGUGCGGCGCGCGCAAGAGCACUACGUGGCGACGCGCACCAGCAACAGCCCUCUCACUCCCGCGGGGGCGCAAACGCCGCACACGUCUGAAGUCAAAUCCGUGCAGACGCCCGCCACGCAGCCGCCGCAGCAGACGCAGUCCGGGCUGACGACCGUUCCUGGAGUGCCGAUUCAGCCCCCCCUUCAGUUACAUGCUCCGGACGGCGCGCUGCUGUCGCUCGUCCCCGCCGCUUCCGAGGACGGCCAGCUCCAAUGGAUCCAGCCGCCGCAAUUCUUGGCGGCGCCGCAAUUUAUGGGCGGAGCGCAAUUUGUGGGCGGAGCCCAACUUAUGGGCGGGGCGCAACUUGUCGGCGGGGCGCAAAUUGUGGGCGCGCCUGGACACGGCGGAGGUCUGAUGCCUGCGGGACCUGUUUCGUUCUUCCGCGCAUCGUCCCUCGCCGCGCCUGUAUCCGCGGCGACGGGUAUUGAGGGAAGCUUCAUGGGGACCGAUGGAGUCAACGGAGUCAACGCCACCGCGCGCGGCGUUUCCGGGGAUCUGUUCGGCGGGAACGCGGGCGACGAGAUGAUAGAAGGCUCGUGGGACGACUUAAUAAUCUGCACUCCCACCGGCGGGUUUCCCGGCGGGUUUCACGGGCAGAUGGGUUGGGGAGGAGGCGAGCGAACGAGCAGAGCCGGUCGCCGCACGCAGCUAUGGGAGGGCGACCCGCAGCUGGUGUACCGACUGCAACAGAGUUACCACACAGACGACUCCGCCGCAGCCGACACGAAACCCGACCCUACAACCAUUGCCAUCACCGGCGCCGAAAACGCUUCGAUUAGAAACGAUUCGAUAAGAGACGACGGGGAAGAGGAGGAGGCUUUGCCCGCAGAAGCUCGGGGCGAUCCGGAGACCGCCACGCACCCAGGGAUGAUCGGACCAGAGUCUAGGGAUGUGGCACAGUCGACCGCAACAAUGGAGAGUUAUCGAGAAGCUAUCGCGAGCGGUCAGUUGCCGCUGCAUGUGAAAGUGGAAUUCCCAACGCCGUCGCCUAGAGGCGGGCUACAAUCCUCGUCGCCCAGCAAUCGCGGUGGGCUGGGGUUCUCGUACCACUCGCCGAUCCCUCUGUGCUCGCCGUCGCCGCUGCGACUGUGUGCGAUGGAUUUGGGCGACAUGGCGGAGCCGAAUCUGUGGCUGUCGCCGCCAGCCAGCACCAAGUACACGCUCGACAAGCUCGGCGACUUCCCGCCCUUCUCGCCGCGGCUUCCGGCGAUCGUGCGCGGCUACAGCGCUGUGUGCGACAGCAGCAAGCAACUCACUCGACUCAUGCGUCGUUUCGUGUCUCUGUUGGUUGGGUCAUGUGUGGCCGCAGCAGCUCUGCCAUACCUGGAUGGCAGCGCGCACCAGCAGCCUUCCAGGAUGUCGCCUUCCAAGGGAGAACCCCCCGGAACCGUCCACCCAGGAUCCGCCCCGCCGGGAUCCGCCCCACCCCAAGAGCCUGGCGGACCAACCACCGACAGCCCAGAAAACCCGCCAGUUUCCGCUUCCGCCAUGGGUUCCGCCGCUCUCCAGUCCGGUUCUCCGCGGGCAGCCAGGCGGGGAACGGCGGAGGAUGAGGGAGACGCCGCGCGGGAAGAUGGUCAGGCUGCGCGGAGGGAGGACGAGGCGGGAGAUUCAGCGGGCGCGAGGCGGGAGAGUGGGGCGGCGGGAUCGGCGCGAUUGGUUAGUAGCGGUUCGCCGGGGAGCGGAGUGAGAUACGGCGGGAUGCGCGGGCGGUCGUUGCUGCAGCAGUGCCUCAUUAUGGGCGCGGAGCAGCGCGCCACUCGCGCCGUCACGGCCGCUGGUGCUGGCGCUGCUGCUGGUGCGGGUGCCGGUGGAAGCGCUGGUGGUGGUGCGGGAGGCAGCGCUGCUGCUGGUGCUGGUGGUGGCAACGCUUCUGGGCUCGACCGCGAUGUUGAAAGGAACGAAACGGAAGAGCAGGUCGAAAAGACCGACAAGAUUGACAGGAGCGAGAAGAACGAGAAGUCUGGAGGUGAUGCGGAUGACCGUGCGGCGGAAUGGAGUCCGUCGGUGUUGAAAUGGAGAGCAGUGGGGUGCGAUGGCCGUCUGCUUGGCGUACAGCGUGACGUGCGAGCACAGCAGGAGAGGACGGCUCUUGGUGCUGCUGACUCGAAUGCCCCGCACGCCUCUACUCCACCGCUUUCACCUCCGCAGGGACCGCCUGGAGAAUUUGUCAGUGCUGCUGGUGCUGCUGGGGUUCGUGCUAGCAGCGAGGGAGAGACGAAUGUUGGUGGUACAGAUUUUCCCAGCACGGAAAUGCGUGGACAGGGGUCUCGGCGGCACGUUGCGGGAGCCUCAGGCGAGCUGUUUCGUCGCGAAAACGAUUUUGCGAAUCGUGGCGAGAGUUUGUCGCGGCCGGAUGUUACCACGGGAGGGAGAUCUUUCGUGGUUGGCUCGUUAGGCUCCACACUUACGGAACGCGUGAGUGUACUGGAACUCGAGAACAAACAAACAACGCGUGCGGGCAAUAGCGCGGAUGGUGCGACCGACCCUGCAAAUUCUGACACACCCAACUCCAGCGGUAACAGCCGCUCGUCGUCAAAUAUCGACAGCCGAGGCGCAGAGUCGAACGACGAAGAUGACGGUGAGAAUAGGUCGGGAGUGGUGGAGAAGGAGGAGGGCGCGCGAGAGGAGGACGGGGGGGAGAGCACCUUAUUGCGAAGAGCUGCGACAGCGAACAGUGCUAAAGGCGGCGAGGUUCGGCACGAUGCGAACCUGGAUGAUGGGGGUGACAAGGGUAAUGAGGAUGAUGGGGGAGAUGGUGACAAUAGACGAGCUUCGCAGACUGCACGAGCGGGACUGACGGCGGAAGAAGGUGAGGCGUUGAAAUCGCCGGCGCACGAGCAGCAGCCGUCAUUUUUACCGGCGGGCGCGGAACGUAGGCGCGCGGAGCGUACGUGCGCGGAAAGGGAGGGCGCGGAAGGUAGAUGCGCGGAAAGCAGCCCCGAAAAGGGUUUCGCGGGUUUGGUGAGGCCGCAGCCGCGCAGAGCGCGGAGCGGUGAUCAUGCAGUCUCCCCGUCCUUCUCGAUUCCCGCUUCCCCGCUUUUCGAUUCACCCCGCUCGGCGGCGCCGGAGCGGAAUGCGCCCCAGUCCGUUGGCACGGAGCGCGCGUCGGCGCAGGCGCCGCUGCUGCAGCCUGCUGCGAAUGUGCGUCAAGUGCAGACUGCGUCUCAGUCACAUUCGGGGAAGCACCAGGAGCAUGGUGAAGCAGGGAGGGCGACUUUCGAGUCGACUUCACAAUUGAGCGGCGGGAGUGAGGCGGAUGGGAGAGGCUCGCGUGACGAGGACGUGGCGUCAGAGGAAGCACGGGCGAAGCUUCCCAGGGCAGGUGAAGGCUUAAAGCCCGCCAAGACUCAGCAGUCGGGGGGACUUGGAGGGGAUGGUGGAGGCGGAGGAGGAAGAAGAGCCUCUCAUGGGGCGCAGCGGCAGCAGGGGCAACAGGGCAUGCGACCAGGAGCGCAUUCCCAGGAGCGUGUGGGUUUAGGGAGUACAGGGGGUCCUGUUGUUGCCCUGGCGCCAGGGGCGUAUUCGCAGCCUGCUGGUGCUGCUGCGGUUGCCAGUGGUAGUGCUGGUGGUGUUGCUGCUCGUGAUGCUGGUGCUGGUGUGAGUGGUGCUUCCUCAGGUGGUGUCUCUGGAGGGGGCGAACGGGGAGGAGAAAGGGGAGGGCGAGAAGCAAGAGGGGAGGAAGGGCGAGGGGGGAGGGUGUCACGAGGAGCACGAACCCCGUCCCCUCAAACCUCUGCAAGCGCAUCUCUGCGCCCUUCCCCCGUGCAACCUCCCCCUCCGCCUGUCUACUCCCCGGCUGUCGCCUCCUGGGUGCCCUUCGCCCUGCCCCCCGCUGCCGCUGCCGCUGCCGCCCCAGAAAUGGGUAAACUUACAAUUUACCCUGUAAAACCUGGAGUACACAAGGCGCAUGUUGGGACGAGGAAUGUUUCACCGGAUGGGCAUUCCUUGCGUGAGCAGCAGCGAGCAGAGGGACAGCAAUGGCAGCAGCAACAGCAGCAGCACCGUCACCAGCAGCAGCAGCAGCAGCAGCAGCAGCAGCAGCACCAGCAGCAGCAGCACCAGCAGCCACAGCCGCGGGUAUCUCAGCAGCAGGAGGUGCUGGUGCCAAGGCCUAUGGCAGUGAUGGGUAAUCAGCCACAGUCAGUGCGAGGGGCACCGAUGAUCGCACCGGCACCAGCAGCAGCAGCAGCGCCAGCAGCAGCAACAGCAGCAGCAGCUGCAGCGGGAGCAGCAGCAGCGUCACGCCCGGUGUCUCUGGCCCUGCGUCUGCAAAGCAGCAGCAGCAGCAGUGGCGGCGGUGGUAUGCCACGGCAGACCCCUGGGCCUCAACCAGUACCCAGGCUUGGCACUGCUGGGGGCCAAUGGGCCCCCAGAUACUCCCAGCCGACCGUUGCUACUGUAGCCAUUGCCCCCACUGGAUCCAUUUCGGGCAUGCAAGGAACUCCCCCUGGUGCGGUGCAGAGUGGUGCAGGAGGUGUGGUGCAGGGUGCUGGUAUGGUGCAGAGUGGUGCGGCAGGUUUGCAGAGUGGUGCAGCAGUUGCGGUGCAGGGUGGUGCGGUAGGGGAGGCGUGGAAGCAGAAGCAGCGGAUUCAGAAGCAGCAGCAGCAGCACGUGCAGAGCCAGAGGUUGCAGCUGCCAUUUGAGCAGCAGCACCGCCGGCUGUCACAGCAGCAGCCGGGGCAGGUGCAGGUGCAGCAGCAGCACACGCAGCAGCAGCAGCAGCAGCAGCAGCAGCAGCAGCAGCAGCAGCAGCAGCAGCAGCAGCAGCAGCAGCAGCAGCAGCAGCAGCAGCAGCAGCAGCAGCAGCAGCAGCAGCAGCAGCAGCACCAGCAGCAGCACCAGCAGCACCAGCAGCAGCAGCAGCAGCAGCAGCAGCACAUGCAGCUGCAGCAGCAGCAGCAGCAGCACAUGCAGCUGCAGAUUCCAAGGCUUGUGGUGGGUGUGAAACAAGAGAUGGUUGAACAAGGUGGGGGUGCAGACUGGCGCUGUCACCCUCACUCACAGACAGCUAGACAGGGCGAUAACCAGGGGCUAGCUGGCAGGCAGGGGGGAGUGGAGGGAGGGGGAGGGCAGCAGGCGGGCAGGAAGGAGGGCAGUCUGAGGCACCUCAAGAGGAAGAGGGCGUUGAAGGAGGUGGAGGUGGAAAGCAGGAGAGGUUCGGCUUUAAGGGCCUGUAGCAGCGAGGGGGAAUCGGGCGGCGGGGAUCCGGCUGCUUAUCAGCAAAAUCAGGGUGCUUUUCAGCAGCAAGUUCUUCCUGCUUAUCAGCCUAUCCCGCUUGCUUAUCAAAACCAGCUGCCAGCUUAUCAGCAGCAGGCUGCUUAUCAGCAGAAUCCGGCUGCUUAUCAGCAGAAUCCGGCUGCUUAUCAGCAAAAUCCGGCUGCUUAUCAGCAGCAUCAGGCGGUCACAGGGUUGGGAACAGGGAUUCACGCGGGCAGCCGUCCCGCUGACGUCAUGGAGGGAAGGGAUCAAGAAGAUGACGUCAUGGAUAUGCAAAUUGAGUUGGAUGGAUUGGGUGAUGAGGGCAUGUGCGCCAUGGGUGAAGGGGGAAUAUGUGGCAUGGGGGAUAUGGGAGGAGAGGGAGGAGAGGCAGCGGUGGGGGGAGGGGAGGAGGUGAAAGAAGCAGUGAGCGUGGCAGCAGCAGCAGGAGUGGGGGGUAGAGCGGAGGGGGAGAGGGAUCCGCCUGUGAAGUCGAGGUUCAGGGGCGUCAGUCAUCACAGGCUGACCAAGCGGUGGGAGGCGUCGCUGUGGACCAACAAGAAGCAGCUCUACUUGGGUGGGUACGACGCGGAGGAGAAGGCAGCGAGGGCGUAUGACAUAGCAGCAUUGGCGUGCAAGGGAGCAGAGGCAGUUACGAACUUCCCAAGGGAGAGUUACGCGGACAGCAUUGGGGAGUACCUUGGGAUCUCCUGCGAGGCGCUCAUUGCGAAACUGAGAAGGGAAAGCUCGGCUUUCUCCGGGGGUCGAUCCAAGUACCGCGGUGUGUCAGGGCAAGAGGGGCGGUGGGAGGCACGCAUUGAAUCAUGCGGUCUUGACGGUCUUAAAUUCCCGUCGGUCUGCCUCCUCUUCCGUUCCCAUUCAUGUCCUUCUCUCCCUUGUCACCCAUACACGUCCUUCUCUCGAUGUCGCUCCAAGUACCGCGGGGUGUCAGGGCGGGAGGGGCGGUGGGAGGCGUGCAUCGGGUCGUGUGAUGGUGAUAUCAUAACUCUUUACCCAUCUCCUUCUCCUGUCCUUUCCCCCUCCUCGCUCCCUCACAGGGCGUUUUCUCGAGGCCGGUCCAAAUUCCGCGGGGUGUCGGGGCAGGAGGGGCGGUGGGAGGCGCGCAUUGGGUCGUAUUUCGGGCGGCGGAACGUGUCUUUAGGCGUGUAUGAGACGGAGGAGGCGGCAGCAGAGCAGUACGACCGCGCGCUCAUCAUUCAGAAGGGCACGCGGGCUAAGACCAAUUUCUGCAUCUCCAAAUACAUUGCAGAGCACCUGCAGCACGUGAGUGUGAGUGUGAGUACGAGUAGGUAA